CUUUAUACAUAAUUUACUAUCGUUCCCGGUGAGCUCGAGAACCCGCACGAGAAUGUCGACGAGGCCUCGACGCACUGCAAACGCGGCCUGCUCUCAACCUGGGCGGCAGCAGCGGUGCAUCCAGCACUCCUUGCAGCUUCUCAAAGCUGCACAUCAGUCGCGAUCGAAGCUGCACAUCAAUCGCUGGGGGUAAAUAGGCCUUGCAUCGCUGGGACACUGCAUCCUGCAUCAUGAGGCUCGCAUCGCUCGCGGCGCUAGCCGGCGGCGCCGCGGCGCUCAUCGCGCCGCCGGUUUCGGUAAGACGCCCCACGAGCGUCCUGCGAGCAGACUGGCAGCGCUACGAGGACGCCGCGUCCGGCGACCCGUACUGGCACGACGCCGAGACCGGCGCGACGACGUGGGACGACCCCACUACUCCCGUCGUCGACCCCUACGCGGACUGGCAGGCCGCCGUCGACCCUACCAGUGGUGGCACGUACUACUACACGGCCGACGGCCGCACGUCGUGGGACUGGCCGCCGGUCGAGGCGCCGGCAGCGGCUCCGGCGGCGGCGGCGGCGCCGGCCGCAUCUGAUGCGGCGGCAGCCUUAGAAAAGGCCGCCCAGGCCAAGGCCGACAAAGCGCGGCACGACCCCGGCGACCCCUGCCGCUACAUGAGCCGCCCGAUCCGGGAGGAGGAAUCUGUACAGCAGGAGGAGAAGACGCGCCUCGCGCAAGCGGUCGAGGAAGCUAGAAACAUCGCCUCGAGCAGUCCACCGUCAGGCGUGCCGAAGGACGCCGUCGAGACGGUGGUGGACGCGCUGCCGACGUCGGGGCCGCACGCCAUCGUUGCUGAGAUCGGCGAGGGUUAUGCGUACGACGAUCUGGGCGCGGCGAUCACGCAGCGGUCCGUCCAGACGCAGCUCCAGUACUCCGCGGCGUUGAGGAACGAGCCCCAAGUGUCGUGGCUGUCGAAGUUCCUCGGGCACGACCACUUGGGACCCAAAUUAAGAGACACCGGGAGUGCGGGCCCGCCGUCCUCGUAUACGCCGGCUUUGUGCCAAUUGCGAGGCAACUGGGUCGAGUACCUCGAAACGCUAGGCAACACGCCCGAUGAUGUGGUGGAGGUCGAGCUCGCCCAGCCGCCGCAGCGCUUCAGCGAAAGGCAGAAGAAGAACCCGUUCCUGAUGGCGCAGGCCUUGAAGUCCAUGUUUUAUGAAGAACCAAUAGAUACGAGAUGGAUUCUACAUCGGUUGUUGCGGACGGCGGACGCUCUCAUAGACAACUGGUCGUUCCAUUACGGCAUACUGGAAGAGACGGACCGGGAGCGGUGUUAUAGGGAUGCGAUGCCGGUGAAAGCGCUGCCGUCGACGGAGAUGAACGCCGCCGAGGAAUUGAGGAUCGGUGGCGAGACGGUCUACAAGACGGAAAGCGAGGAGAUGCCGCUGGCGUCGUUCGACCGAAGGUUGUGUGAUAGACUGGCUACGUUGAGAGCUUUGGAGUUGCUCGAUAAGGAGUUGGAUGGACUAGCAGCAUCAUCAGAUGUCGUGCAAGCCGUUACCGAUUGUCCUUAUCUACGCUUGAACUUCGAGUACGAGGUGCGCGACGACUGCCAGGACGAACGCAUUCUCGCGAAGCGAGCGGCGCGGCAAGCUAGGUUAGAAGCGUCUUUCGUCGAAGGAGACGAGGAGGAGAAAGCACGAUCAGCCAUCCAGGGCGGGAAGCUUUUCCUGGCCAAGUUUCGCGAGACGUGGGCGCCUCGAUUAAACAUGGGAAGUCGUUUGACGGACCUCGAGAAGUAUGCCCGGAGGCGACCGGGCCUCAAAGCGCCGAGGAAACCAGGCACAGGCGCCGACGCCGACGAGGUCAUGGAGGAGCUCUGGUACUUCCGGGACGCGUACGCGUUCGGCGUCGAGGGCGGCGAACUCGUGCUGCCGGGGCGCAUGGGCAAUCGGGUGCGCGAGCUGCGGGCGGACGUGGCUGUACAAUGUAGAGCGGAGCUCGCGAACGAGGUCGAGCCGGUGAUGAAAAGGUUGGCCAAAGAGCUGCCCGAGGUCGACGAAGCCCUGGGCGCGCGGACGACGUCGCUGACGUCGGCCUUUAGGAUCGCGGACUCGUCGGUGACGCGCCAGGAGUCGGUCGAUCGAAGCUCUGUUUAAAUAUUCUUCCGU